GCAAAGGAAAGAAAGGUGAACCAAAAGAAGAAGAAAAAGCUGCUGUUCAAGUUGGAAUUUACAUUUUUCCAAAUGGAGACAAGUAUGAUGGCGAGUACAUUCUGACGGAUGAUGGGUCAGUUGAAAGACAAGGGGAAGGGGUUCAUUCAUCAGCAGAUGGCACUUGUUAUAAGGGGCAGUGGGAAAAAGACAAGAUGAAUGGAAAUGGAAUUUUGACACAUCCAGGAGGUAGCAGUUUCGAGGGAGAAUUUUCGAACAAUCGGUUUCAUGGUAGAGGGCGGUACACAUUUCCCAACGGCUCUUUCUAUGAGGGGGAAUUCCAUGAGAACAGGUAAGGUUUCCAUCUACUGGAUAUAUGGUAA